AGCCGCGUGCGCCCCCUGCGGGAGUGGGCAGGUGACCCCUUUUGUUUGGCGGGGUUCACGAGCUCCCGGUUGUCCCACAGCGACGGUGAUGGAGGCGCAGAGGCCGCUCGAAGCCUCGGGGCUGUCGUCCGAGUACUUUCAGAAUUGGUACGGGAGCUCCGACCCGCUGGCGCCCCGACUCUGGCAGGCCCAGGCCGAGGCCCAGUCAGCCACAGGGCCCGAUCCCUACAGCCUGGAGGAGGCCGCAGCUCCUCCAGUAGAGGCCGGACAGGCAGCUCCAAAACGUAAAAGAGGAAGACCUCCAGGACCACAAAAAACUAAGACUGAGAAAAAUAAGUCUGAGGGAGCAAGCAGCAAACGAGGCAAAACAGGUGGAAACUCGGCGGGCAAGCAAGAAAAGAUCACUGAUGCUUUUAAAGUCACAAAAAGAAAAAUUGAUCGAUUCAAUGGAACAACCGAAGCUGAGCUUUUAACAAAAACCUUACCAGAUAUAUUGACCUACGGUUUAGACAUUGUGAUUAUUGGAAUUAACCCGGGGCUGAUGGCAGCAUACAAAGGACAUCAUUACCCAGGACCAGGAAAUCAUUUUUGGAAAUGCUUGUUUUUGUCUGGCCUUAUUGACAAGCCAUUAAAUCAUUUGGAUGAUGCUUCUUUACCAGAAAAAUAUGGAAUAGGUUUCACAAACAUGGUGGAGAGAACUACUCCAGGAAGCAAGGACCUCAAAAGUAAAGAGAUUCGUGAAGGAGGAAAAAUACUUUUGCAAAAGCUACAGAAGUUUAAGCCACGGAUUGCAGUAUUUAAUGGGAAAUGCAUCUAUGAAAUUUUUAGCAAGGAGGUGUUUGGAGUUAAAGUCAAGAAAUUGGAGUUUGGGCAGCAACCACACAAGAUCCCUGAAGGAGAAACUGUGGUCUAUGUCAUGCCUUCUUCCAGUGCAAGGUGUGCGCAGUUUCCUCGGGCCCAGGACAAGGUACAUUAUUAUAUCAAGCUAAAGGAACUACGAAAUCACUUGAAGGGCAUUAAAGCUCCUACAGAGGUCACUGAAGUAGAAUACUCAUUUGACUUACAAAAAGCUCAAGCGGAAGCCAAGAAAAUGGCAAUCAAAGAGGAAAAGUAUGACCCUGGAUAUGAAGCUGCUUAUGGUGGUUCAUACAUUGAAAAAUCCACUGAAAUCAAUGGACAGUGCAAUUUUGCUACAACAGAACCAGCUGCAACCAGCAACUCUGAGUUCAACACGGGAUCAACAUUUUGCCAAGUUCCUGAUGGCCAGUGGAUGACCCAAUCAUUUGCUGAUCAGAUUCCUUCAAUCAAUAAUUACUGCACAGAGUCUCAAGAAGGAAAUAACACAUAAUGAAUUGAUUGGUUUGCAUAACUUGAUGUUACUGCAGUUUUAAUGCAGUCUUAAAAGUACUGUACCUCAGUUUUUGAACUGAAGAGGUUUUAUCUUUUUACCUAUUGCUUUCUAGAAUUAUGUGUAAUCUUAAUGAUGUAGUAAAGAUCAGAAAGUUGAAUUCUUAAACUUUUAGAGUGAAACUUUGCCCAAAUAUUUAUAGAUGAAAGGAGAAACCAUAUCUGGUUUGUUUUGUUUUUAACGUAAUAUGAUCAGGUGCUCAGUUUAUUCCAAGAAUUAAGUUGAGGUUUCUUACGAGUACAGAUUCGCUUUUGCUCAAGUAUUACAAUUAUGAGGCUGUUGAACCAUCCAGAAAUUCCUUCUGUUAGUGUUAGCAGCAAGUCAGAAUGCAGUGAAGCCUUUAUCAAUUUUGGUCACAAUAGUGGUGGGAGUUCUACUUAAAUCAUAAUGUCCUCCAUUAAACUGGAUUGUAACAGUGCUGCUUAACGUCUUGCUUAUUUGAAAUUCUUAUAAUAUUUGCAUUUCUCAGGAUGUGUGCACAUCAAGUACUAUUAAUAGCAGUUUCACUUUCAGGUCAGUUCGGACUACCUUAAUUUUAUGUUUAUUUGACCAAAGGGUGCAUUUGUUUUAAAAAAGAAGCAUACGUUAAAUACGGGUCCAGGUGUCCAUUUGCUUAUGCAAAUUCAACAAUAAAAUCAGAGCAGUUUCAAUUCAUUAUUUUAAGUUCAUUUUGAAACGUUAGAGUUCGGGGCAUGUUGCUUCUCCUUAGAAAAUUGAAACUCUUAAGCAAGAUGAAUUUUUCAUGGUCUCAGCCUUUGUGUCUUUAAGGAUGAGAAGGUGCUAUGGAUUUGCAAAAAUAAUGAGCUUAACAAAUCAUGUUUUACAUUUGAGCAGAUGUUCUUUAAUACUUUAAAUCUUCUUUGUAACUCAAAGUUGCUAAUUUAAUUCAUAUUUUAGCAAUAAAUUCCCCUUGUGUUUUUAUCAA